AUGUUUGCGGCUGCUACCAAGAGCUUUGUCAAGCAAGUUGGAGAUGGAGGGAGAUUAGUCCCUGUUCCAAGCCUCAGUGAGGCUGACAAAUACCAACCUCUAAGUCUGGUGGUAAAAAAGAAGCGAUGCUUUCUCUUUCCUAGAUAUAAAUUUACCUCAACACCUUUUACACUGAAAGAUAUUCUUCUAGGAGACAGAGAAAUUUCAGCUGGUAUUUCAUCUUAUCAGUUACUGAAUUAUGAAGAUGAAUCAGAUGUUUCCUUCUAUGGAAGACGAGGCAACCAUAUUGUGAAUGAUGUUGGGAUUAACGUCACUGGAUCAGAUUCUGUUGCAGUUAAAGCUUCAUUUGGUGUGGUGACCAAACAUGAAGUGGAAGUAUCAACGUUACUCAAGGAAAUUACUACACGAAAAAUUAAUUUUGACCACAGCUUGAUACGUCAGACAAGGAGCAGCAGAAAGGCAGUAUUGUGUGUGGUCAUGGAAAGCAUUCGAACUACACGACAGUGCUCACUGUCUGUGCAUGCUGGAAUUCGCGGGGAAGCCAUGCGGUUUCAUUUUACGGAUGAACAGAAUCCCAAGGGAAGGGACAAAGCUAUUGUUUUUCCAGCACACACAACCAUAGCUUUCAGCGUUUUUGAACUCUUCAUUUACUUGGAUGGUGCCUUUGACCUUUGUGUCACUUCAGUGUCAAAAGGAGGAUUUGAGAGGGAAGAAACCCCAACAUUCGCGCUGCUCUACAGACUGAGGAAUAUUCUAUUUGAGAGAAAUAGAAGAGUGAUGGAUGCCAUUUCUCGUUCACAGCUGUACUUAGAUGAUCUUUUUUCUGACUACUAUGACAAACCUCUCAGCAUGACUGAUAUUUCUCUCAAAGAAGGGACUCAUAUCCGAGUUAACUUGCUUAAUCACAACAUUCCAAAAGGACCUUGCAUACUCUGUGGAAUGGGGAACUUUAAAAGGGAGACGGUUUAUGGGUGCUUUCAGUGCUCUGUCGAUGGGCAUAAGUAUGUGAGACUUCAUGCGGUUCCUUGUUUUGAUGUUUGGCACAAGAGGAUGAAAUAA